AUGCCUGAAUUCAAAUCACAUAUACGUGCUACCUUGGAGCCGUCAGAUACAAAACUUUUAUCAAAUACACCAACUUACAAGUUACUCACAGAAUCACCAAAAUUGGCAACAGCACUAUCCCAGAUAUUUCCCUAUUUGUUAUUGAUAGAUAAUUUCUUGGAAAUAAUAACGUGGACGAAUGAUGACCAUUACCAGAACUUUUUAAUCAUGACAGGUUACUCGUGUAUUGUCAUGUACUGGAAUUGGAUCAGUCAUGUGAUAUUACCCAUACUAAUGACACUUGCAUUUGCCAGUUUAGUAUGGUCGAUCAGUUCAGUGAUUUAUGACUCCAAAUUUGACGAAAAGCCUACUAUUGAUGAAGUUUUAUAUACACUACACAACAUUACAGUACGCAGCGAAAUGUUGCUAAGACCAGCACGUCAUGUUCCUUUCAAAACUGAGAAUUUCAUUAAAAUGACAAUUGUUGGCUUACUUUUUAUUCCAGUCAAUAUCAUUGUGGUCAAGACAUUUAUUACUCCUCAAAAAUACUUGUGGUUUCUUGGACUCUUUUUGUUUACCUUCCAUUCUCCAUAUGCAUUUGCCAUUAGACGUUUAUUAUGGAGGUCAUUGUAUGUGCGAGUUGCAAUUCUUUAUAUUACCGGGAUGGAGAUUAAAAUCACUAAAGAUUACGAUCCAAAGGAGUAUCAAACAGUUUCGCGCGUUGUCAGUGCUGCAAAUAGCGAUGCAGAAGGUAUGAGUGGUAUACCGAUAUUGUCCGAUUUUAAAAUAUUGAAGAAACGAAUGGUUUCUCCCACACAGUUAAAGCAGACAGUAUUAUUUGAAGUUUUGGAGAAUGAGAGACGUUGGUUUGGAGUAGGCUGGUCAUCAUUGAUGUAUCCAAGUGAGCGUCCAAACUUUUGCUAUGCAAAGACUUAUAAUUUAGCACCCAAUAUUACCAAUGAUAUACCUAAUUAUCCAUUUCCGAUAUUUGAAAAUGACUUGUAUGCGUACCUGUGGCAAUGGAUAGAUAAUGAAUGGAGUAUUGAACCUGAGUUUGACAAAUCAAAGACAACUGACGGUUGGGUUUAUUAUGAUAGCAAUUGGGAGAAUGGAAGAGUAAGAGAUGGGUUCAGCCGCUAUACUCGUUCUAGAAAAUGGAAGAGAAGAGCAACAUUGAUAAUAGAUAAAAGAGAAACUGUAUAUGACGAAUGA